ACCACCACGCUCCUUACCUAUAUACCCAAAUUGAAUCUACUAUUCAUUUUCAUUGCGCCUUCCCUAUUUGCGCAAAUCUAACUCUUCGGAAUUCUUAGCUGAAGUCCGCCAUUCGCCCACCAUGUCCAAGCUCUCCCUAACCCUCAAGUCGCUCAUCAACGCCGCACAUUCGCGCCCCGGCCCCGUCCCAGCACCCCCACGUAUCCAAGCAAUCUACAGUAAAAUAGAAAAAGAAGCCACAGACCGGAAACUCGGCCGCCCAUCAUGGCUCGGCAUCUCCACAGCAGCGACAAUGACGAUGAACUCGCCAGAGGCAAUGGUAACGCUAUACAACACAUUCAGUAAAUCGAAGUCAGAAAGCGAAGGAGUAGCAAUAGCAGAAUUUAUGCGCGAGAUCGGGUUGAAGUGUAUAGGUUUCAAUGGCAUCCCCCGCACAAUCAACAUGCUCAACGCCUUCCGCGCCGAACUCCCCUCCUCAAUCGCUGCCAACCUAAACACCAAACCAACGCGCUUCCCCUCUCCCUCCAACGUCGAGCAAAUAAACGCCCGCGGCCGCGCCUUAUGGAACGCCAUAUACCGCCCCCUCGAAACAAAGCUCGAACAUAAACUAGGCGAUGCACACCCCGAUCUACCCGUCUUCAUCAUAAACAGCGAGUACGGGGGUCUCUUCACCGAUCCGCCGCGCAAAGAAGGCGCAACUGUCGGCCGCAUCACGACGAGCUUGAUUGCGAUUACUUGUUUGAGGGCGCAGCAGGGUGUGGGACCGCAGGUUUUGAGUCAUGUGUUUGGGUUGAGGAAGGCGUGGGAGGAUGGCACGUGGAAGGAGGAGCCCGAGGCUGGGAGUGAGGAGGGCAUUAAGUGGCUGGUUAGUGAUGAGGGGUGUACGUGGGUGUUGGAGAAGGUAGAUGAGCUUGUUGAGGCGCUUGGGGGUGGGCAUGGGAGUACGUUUGCGCCUGUGAAGGCGAAGUUGUAG